AUUAGCGAGAGAUGUGCGCGGUGGAUUGUGGGUAUAGUGGAGGUAAACAAAUGCUCGCCGAGGAUGGCGCACAGAUUGGCGGAAACCGCGGAAAUCUUAAAAGAAUUCAGCGUUCUGUUCUUUGCCAUGAGGCGCGUGGCGGCUCUGCCCUGGACUGCUGUGGAGGAGGAGCUGCAGAACUCCAGAUCUCCGGGGUUCAUCUCAGAGCUCCUGGCUCAGACCUGCCUCCAUCCUCUGUGCCAGAAGUUUCCCCCCUCCGUCAGAUACAGGAGGCUGUUCCUCUCUGAACUCAUCAAACGGCAGGAAGCGGCGGGCUGCGACCCCCUGGACGAGCUGUACGACGCUCUGGCUGAGGUGGUGGGGGCUGAGGAGAGCAGCGAGAGCUUCAGGAGCUACAGGCUGCCCUGCGGCGCCUUCGUCAGCCUGCUGGAGAACGCCGCCCUGAUCUCCGUGGGAACCACGGGCCUGGUGACCUGGGAAGCUGCUCUGUACCUGGCAGAGUGGGCUCUGGAUCACCCGCAGCUCUUCGCUGGCAGGACGGUUCUGGAGCUGGGAAGUGGGGUUGGGAUGAGCGGCAUCAGCAUCUGCCGCAGCUGCAGCCCGCGCCGCUUCGUCUUCAGCGACUGCCACCCCGCCGUGCUGCAGAAGCUCAGGCAGAACGUGCGUCUGAACGGCCUCGGCUCGGACUCGCGUCCCGCCGUCCGUGUGGACCAGCUGGACUGGACCACGGCCACGGGGGAGGAGCUGCGGGCCAUCGGAGCGGACGCCGUCGUCGCUGCAGACGUGGUGUUUGACCCCGACCUCACAGGAAGUCUGGUGCAGCUUCUGUCAAAGCUCCUCCAGCGUCCGUCCACUGAGGCACAGCCGCUGGUGCUGAUCUGCUCCACCAUCAGGAACCCACAGACGUACGGCGGCUUCAAGCUGCAGCUGGAAAAGGCGGGCCUCGGCCACGAGGUGAUGAGCGAACCGGUGCGUCACGUCUUUCCCUACGACAGAGUGACUCCCAUAGAGCUGCUGAAGGUCUUCAGGUGACAAAUAAAGGUUUUCUUCACAAA